GCAGGGAAAAAUGGCGGCGGCUGCAGCGGCGACAGACUCGUUUUCCAGCGGCGGCCCGGCGGCAGUAAGGCUGCCGCGGUCGCCGCCGCUCAAGGUGCUGGCGGAGCAACUGCAGCGCAACGCGGAGGGCGGCCCGGGCGCGUGGAGGCUGUCGCGGGCGGCGACGGGCCGCGGGCCGCUGGAGCUGACGGCCGUGUGGAUGCAGGGCACGGUGGUGGCGGCGGGCGGCGGAGAGGCGCGGCUGCGGGACCCGAGCGGGUACUUCUCGGUGCGCGGCCUGGAGCGGGUGCCGCGCGGGCGGCCCUGCCUCGCCCCAGGAAAGUAUGUGAUGAUAAUGGGAGUGAUUCAGGCGUGCAGCCCCGAGCCGUGCCUCCAAGCUGUGAAGAUGACAGAUCUUUCCCAUAAUCCCAUCCAUGAGAGCAUGUGGGCACUGGAAGUGGAAGAUUUACACAGGAAUAUUCCUUAGAUGAUGUUGGAAGUAUUGUGAAAAACAACCAAAAUUCUGAAAAGACUUAGGUUCUUGUCCCAUGUGGAUUUCACGGACAUUGUUCAAUGUGUAUUUCUCAAAAGUUUCUCGGAGAUCUUUGCGUUGGCUCACCACGGAGUCCAGAUGUAGGAUUUCUAAAUGCUGGGACACUCCAGUUUACUCAGCCCCUGCUGCCCCUUUGCUUUGACCACUGUUUGCUGAUGAAAAGCAGAUGUGUUCUUUCUCUCUUUGUCUGUUUUGGUUUAUGUGUGUUAAUUCUCUCUAAAGCACACAGAAAUCUCUUGUUGCAUUUUCCAAGUUUUACAAGUGAUGGUUUUUUUUCCAUUACCGCCGCGACCCUAUUUUAUGAUGCAAACUUUGAAUCUCAGUCGUUGCCCGUGGUGAUUAAAGUGGUUCUGUGGACAGGAAAGCGGACUGCGUGAAAGAGGAACGACUUCGUGGCCCCCGCGAGUUCUCCAUCAGCAACUUCCAUAUCCAGUUUGCAAGGCAAACGGUACAGCGGCCUCUCAGAGACAGAGCUCUCUUUCUGCUUCAGUUGCCACUCAACCCUUUAAGGUCCGUUUCCCUUAGAUGUUGUCACUGAAGGGAGAUGCCGAAACGCUUUUGAAUGGCAACACAACUUCUUGUUGAAACUAAAAUCAAGACUGAGAACAACUUCCAGGCGUUAUCUGUUGGUGCGACUCUGCCAGGGCACAUCCUCCUGGUACAGAGUUCUUACAUGUCUGUUACGGAAUGACUUUUUUGUUGUGACUUAGUGAACGUUGGGUCUCUGCUCUCUGCUGCUUAUCCAUCUGUCAUUUUUCCUUAGAUUGUAAAUAUCAAGGGAGUCGGGUUUUGUUGCAACAUUGCUAUGGAGUUUUGUUGGAUUAUUGAUUUUCUACUACUAAUAAACUGUUUGAU